AUGGCUUCGGACGAUGAUGAACGCCCUCCUAAAGAGCUACUUCAACCACUCACUCAGCUUCAAGCUCCACAAUCGAAUCUCGCCUCUUCAACUAUGAUAAUUCAAACAGCUUCAACAAUUAAAAAACCAUAUCAAAUUACUUUUUCUUCACGUGAUGAAGAAAUAAAAUAUACACAAAAGCUCUUAGAUAAUUGUACACUUUAUAAUGGUGAUCCGGAUAAUUUAAUGUCUUGGUUAAGAGACACAGGUGCAUUUAUUGUUAAAGAACGUUAUCCAGAAACCAAUCAUCCAUUUAUUAUUCGUCAUUUACUAACCGAUGAUGCACUUGAUUAUUAUCUGGCUCAUGAAGACAUGAUUUUCAAUUUUUAUGAUCUUCGUAAAUUAUUAUUACAUAAACAAAAUGUAUUAGCACCUUUACCUAUGACCACUUAUACCUUCGCUCAAUCACUAGAAGAUUUAACACAAAAUGAUAUUCGAAAAACUAUUAUUGAAGAUUUACAGCGAAGUACUACAAAAUUUACUGGUGAACAUCGACAAGACGUUCUUAAAUGGCUGAAAACCAUUGAAAUUAAAUUCGAAACGGCGGACAUUCCAACUGUUAAGAAAUUCGAUUUAAUUCCACAAUUACUUGAUAAAGGAGUACUUGAUUGGUUUCAAGAUAAUAAGACGAACUUUAACAAUUCGUGGAGCGUCUUCGUUGACCAUUUCAAAAAAACAUUUGAUUCGCCAAAUCGUGCUAGAAUUGCAAUGCAAAAGCUUAAUUCUUGUGCUCAAUCACCAAACCAAGACGUUCGAAGUUUCUGCAGUGAAAUACGAAACUAUUUUCGGAAGCUGACUCCCAUAUGA